AUGAAGUUCUAUAACGACUGUCGUGAGUCAUACGACAAAUAUCGAGCUAUCAUACGGGACGGCAUGGAACAAUCUACAAGCCAAGCCGAGGUAAUUCCAGACCCAACUGGUAACCCUGCAAGCAUUCAGCAUCCCACGAUAGGGUUCCAGAAACUAAUAUCUGCAUGUCGUCGACAAAAGGCAAUAUUAGAUUCUAUUAGGCGCACUCUGAAAGAGUAUUCAGGUACGGGAAAGAGCGUAACAAGUGAUUUGAUAAAAUCACUAUGGGCGCAAACGCAAGAGAUCCAUUUCUCGGUACAUGAAGAAUACGAUGAUCCAAGCAAAGGAGGAUAUGACAUGAAAUCCUUCCUGAAACUUGAAAAGGAAAUUCAAGAUAUCUUAGGAGCAAAAUCAAACUCCUCUAGCAAUGAAGAUAUGCAUUUGCCCAGAGUCAGCAUCCCCAAACUCGAUGGGGAUCUACUCAAAUGGACUCAGUUUUUUGACUUAUUUAAAUGCAUGGUCCAUGAUACUAACAUGCCGACGGUACGGAAAAUGUGGUACCUAAAAACCACCGUAACUGGAGAGGCUGAAAGAUUGAUAAGACAUAUCGAUCUUAAGGAAGAAAAUUAUCUCAGCGCCUGGGGUAUAUUAGUCGAUUCCUACAACAAUCCCCGACAUGUGGCAGACACGAUUCUCAAUCGUUUCCUGCAUCAAAACACAGUUAGUGACGAUCCAAGGUCAUUAAAAGAGUUGUACAUUACAACUAUCGAGUCUCUAGCAUCAUUAAAGGGACUGGGCAUCGAUGUAUCAAGUUGGGAUACAAUAUUGAUUGCCAUAAUCAAGCAAAAAUUGGAUCUUGCAAGCAGAGCCCUAUACGAGCAGUCGUUAGAUGGGUCCCGAGAGUUACAGGGUCUCGACACACUGCUCAGCUUUCUGGACCAGCGCAUCCGAGUUCUUGGAACAGGAAAAAAGGGACAACAAUCAAGAAAGGAACAGAAGGGUACUACAUGCUCAUCAGCCAGUACUGGAAAAGGACCAUGCUGUCAGUUUUGCAAAAGGAAUCACUGGCUCUAUAAAUGCGAUGACUUCCGCAGCAAAACAAUACCCGAACGAGUUAAUUGGUUACAAAAACAAAGACUGUGUGUCAACUGCUUCAGCAAUGACCAUAAGGCAAAGGAUUGCCGUGGUCGCCCGUGUUUUAAGUGCGACAAGAAACAUCAUACUUUGUUGCAUCUGGAAAACACAUCAGGUGCAUCAUCCAAUCAACAUUCACCUACCGUAGGUGCAGCAAGCAACAAGAAUUAUAACUUGCUGGCCACAGUCAAAGUAUCAGUGAAGGCUAGCAAUGGUCAAGUUGCUACCUUCAGAGCGCUGCUAGAUUCAGGAUCACAAAUAAAUCUGAUUUCCGAACGAAUGGCUUCAGUACUAUCACUGAAACUUCAUGGAACUUCUCUACGGAUCGAGGGCAUUGGAGGCAAUCCAAAAACCAGUAGAGCAAGAGCAAACGUUCAAAUAAAAUCAAUGCAUAACGCCUUCACACAAGAAGUUGAAGCCUUUGUCCUACCACACAUAAUAGCUGAUCAACCGGCGCAUCAGUUAAAUUCGGCAAGCCUACAAAUCCCAAGCAACAUAGCUCUAGCCGAUCCAAAUUUCGAUAAGCCAGGAGUAAAGGCAAAAAUAUUUAUGCAAACGCUUUGGGCGCUGAACCUGAGUUGGGACGAUGAGCUCCCUCAAGAACUACAAAAUGAUUGGAAGAACUAUCGAUCGGAUCUCCAAGCAUUAAACAGUAUGCAAAUUCCUAGGCACAUCUAUAAUGGAAAGGUUCCAGUCCAUCAAGAAGUACACACAUUUGUGGAUGCAUCAGAGCGUGCGUACGGAGCAGCAGUGUAUAUAAGAGCUCCCUACAAAAACAAUCAAAUUUCGGUACGACUUCUUUGCUCCAAGUCACGAGUGGCUCCAUCCGCGAAAGAAACUUUGCCUCGCCUUGAACUAUGUCCUGCGCUGUUGGGCGCGGAACUAACACACAGAGUAAGAAAGGAUUUGCGAUUACCGAUCGAGAAGGCUUCUGGAUACUUCUGGACUGACUCAACUGUAGCUUUGUCCUGGAUAAACGCAUCGUCGGCCGCAUACCACACGUUCGUCUCGAAUCGGAUAGCAAAAAUCCAAGCUGUCUCAGAUCCAUCUCAAUGGCGACACGUGUCCUCGGCAAACAAUCCAGCAGAUGUGCUAUUAAGAGGAAUUGAAGCCAGCAAAUUAUCAGAACAUACCCUCUGGCUGUAUGGACCACUUUUUUUACACGGUUCAAGUGACAAAUGGGUCAAGAGGCCCAUAAUCGGUCUAAGUGAUCUUGAACGGCGAACAAAACAAGUGAGUCUUCCAGCAUGUCAGGGUCAGACAGGGGAAGAACUCUAUAAUUGCAAGCAUAGCAAUAGUUUUCGAAAGCUACAGAGAAUUGUGGCAUAUAUGAUGCGUUUCUGUUACAAAAGAAACAGAUCAAGUACAACCACCCUAUGCAUCGGUGAACUAACUCACGCUCGUACUAUCAUACUGCGCACCAUUCAGAAAAUUGACUUCGCAUGUGAGUACAAGCAACUUGUUGCCCACAAGGCCGUGGACAAAAAGAGCGCUCUCGUCUCUCUAUUCCCCAUGACCGGCAAGGAUAGCCUCAUCAGAGUCGGAGGGAGAUUAGAAGAAUCUAAACUCACGUAUAACGCAAAGCAUCAAAUCUUGCUUCCUUACAAUGAUCCAAUAGUAAGAAUGCUGUUGCGAGAAAUGCAUGAAGAGAACAUGCAUUGCGGUGCUCAGGCGUUAAGAGCCAUUGCCAGACAGCAAUAUUGGAUUAUCAAUGAUAAAACAAUGGCGAGGAGCAUUAUACAUUGUUGUGUCAAGUGUACAAAGGCACGGCCCAAACUAAUGCAACAAAUCAUGGGCAAUCUGCCAGUCGACCGAGUAACACAAGCUCGACCAUUCUUUAAUUCUGGUGUUGAUUACUGCGAGCCAAUUUGUAUUCACCAUAAACUCCGUGGAAAGAGACCAGACAAGGCGUAUAUUGCAGUUUUCUGCUGUUUUGCUACGAAGGCAGUACAUCUAGAGUUGGUAAGCGACCUAACAACAGAUGCAUUCUUAGGUGCUCUUCGACGGUUCUUGAGUCGACGUGGAAGGUGUCAGACCAUCCACUGCGAUAAUGCAACCAACUUCGUCGGCGCCAACAAUAAACUAAAGGCCUUAGAAGAAGCGAUCUUCACGGAUAAGGCACAAGCCCAGAUCAUCCACCAUUGCAAUCAGAGACAGGUGGAUUUUAAGUUCAUACCGCCCCGAGCUCCAUCGUUCGGCGGGCUGUGGGAGGCUGCAGUAAAAUCUGCGAAACGGUUACUAGUAUCAGUCACAGCCACCGCAUCAUUGACGUUUGAGGAGCUUAACACUGUAAUAGUGGAAGUCGAAGCAAUUCUUAAUUCUCGACCUAUUACACCCAUGUCGUUUGAUCCUACGGAUGCGUCUGCAUUAACCCCAGGUCAUUUUCUGAUUGGUGAGCCUCUAACGGCCCCACCCGAUGUAAAUCUCUCCCCAACCAACAAAACAUUGGUAAAAAGAUGGGAAUUAGUGUCCAGACUUAAGCACGCAUUCUGGAAGCAGUGGUCAAUGGAAUACCUUCAAGAGCUUCAAACGCGCAACAAAUGGAAGACCAUGUCGCAGAACGUCAAAGAAGGGCUACUUGUAUUAAUAAAAGAAGAUAGGAGCAAUAGUUUCAGAAGGGAUCCCAAAAAGGAAGAAAUUGGACAGCCAACCUGCACCAACCAAGAGAACGACGAGCAGCCAUCACCUGAACCUACCCCACGAAGUUUGCGUUCAGCAUUAGCGAUGGUUGAACACUUGUUCAACGGCCGGGAGAAUGUUCAGUCGCAGCAAUAG